AUGACUGAUAAGCAUUCAACUGAUCAGAAUAAUAAUAAUAACAAUAAUAAUAACAAGAGAAAAGAUACUGAUAGUAGUGACGAAAAAAUUGAGAAUUAUAAAAAUGAAAUCACAGAAUCCAUACAUGACGCUCAAGACAAAAUUCAAGAUUCAGCAAGCAGCACUUCUUCCACUGGCAUAAAAAGACAAAAAAAUCGAUUUUGCUCGUCAUCAAUGAAUCAAUUAGGUGGUGAAUUUAUCAAUGGUCGCCCAUUACCAACUGAUACACGUGAACGCAUAGUUGAAUUAGCUGAAAGUGGUGUACGCCCAUGUGAAAUAAGUCGCCAACUUCAAGUAUCACACGGUUGUGUCAGUAAAAUAUUAAAAAGAUAUCGUCUAUUUGGUACAACACAUCCUGGUCUGAUCGGUGGUUCAAAACCUAAAGUAGCCACACCAGACGUGGUUCGGCGUAUUCGUGAAUAUAAAGGAAAUAAUCCUCAAAUAUUUGCUUGGCAAAUUCGUGAAAGUCUUCAAAAAGAAGGCAUUUGCCCAUCGGAUAAACUGCCAAGUGUAUCAUCCAUAAAUCGCAUUGUACGUAGUAAUCGACGUAUUGUUUUCAAUAAUGAUGGAACUAUUACGGAAUUCGAUUCUGAUUUCGAUUCUCGUGAUGGUAGUGAUAAUGAAAACGAAAUUUUAAUUAAAUCCGAAUUAAGCCAAAUUUCAUCGUCGUCAUCAUCAUCUCGUUCAUCGAAUAUUCGUCAUCGGGGUGAUUGUCGUUGUGAUGUUUGUAUAAAAAAAUAUAAAUUUGCCCCAUCAUUAUGCAAUACAAAUAAAAAAUCAGCCAACGCUGAUCAUGAAGAAACAAGUGAUUCGAACAGUAUGUCGUUGACAACAGCCUCUGAUGAUGAUCAAAUAAAACAAUCACCGCCGCCACCUCCCGCUAUACAUUGUCGUUUGACACCUACCAAUGCUGAGGAUGAUACCAAACCACUGGAUUUAUCAAAGAAACAAAGUGAACAACCAUUAAAUUUAUGUUCGAAAAGAAAACGAUCUACACCCGUUAGUCUGUCAAAACGAAAUAAUAAUAAUAAUAAUAAUAAUAAUAACAACAAUAUCACAGUUAGUCCUUCAUCGGUACAAACCAAUCCGGGAUCAUCAACGUUCCUACCAUUUUAUGCAAUGACACCAUUUUUUGAUUCGAAUAUAUCAGCAAAUCAACAAGAAAUAUUUCAACAAAUGCAAACAUAUUAUUUACAAUUACAACAAAAAUUAACCAAGAAUAAAUGA